AUGGGUGAUUCUGUAGUAACAAUUCGGACGAAUAAAGUGAUGACUAAUCGCUUGUUGGCAAGACGGCAAAUGGUGGUCGAAAUCCUUCAUCCUAAUCGAGCAUCAGUUCCUAAAGUCGAGGUUCGUGAAAAGUUGGCUCAGAUGUACAAGACCACUCCUGAUUUGGUUUUUACCUAUGGUUUCCAGUGUCACUUUGGUGGUGGAAGGAGUACUGGUUUUGCUCUAAUCUAUGAUACAGCAGAUUUCGCCAAAAAAUUCGAACCAAAAUAUCGCUUGCUGAGACAAACGGGCACGAAGGCUGAGAAAUCAGGUCGUAAACAGCGCAAGGAGCGUAAGAAUAGGCAGAAGAAAGUACGUGGAACAAAGAAGACUAAAGUUGCUGCAGGGAAGAAGUAA